AUGGUGACCUGGUGGCCGGUUCAACAAUGCCGCAGGCAGCCCCAGAAUUGCAGCAGCGGCAAGGCUGCAAAUGUGGAUGUAGAGACCACGUGGAUGGUAGCAGAAUGGCGGGGGAACCCGCAUCUCUACAUCUUCUCCCGAUACGAGCAGGAGGUCUUGGAGCUCAAGAGGCGCCAUGCACCUGAGUCAAGCAGCCGCGAUGAGGCUGGGGUGUCAGGUGAAGGUUUAGAACGGAAGUCGUUGAUAUUUCCAACUAAAACCUCCACCAGUUACGUCAGACUGUAUCCACAGGACUAUCCCAAUUUGUCUGCCUUUACUCUCUGUCUGAGGGCAGCUUCUGAAGCAUCUCACGAGUAUGCGCUGUUCUCCUAUGCUACGUCAAAUCAUGACAACGAGCUGUUAAUCUGGCAAAGAAGUAAUGGAGGACUUUCCCUGGAGUUUGGAGAUGCUAAAGUUGAGUUCUUCCUCCCAAAAAUGAAUGCACUGCUGAGACAUAUCUGUGUGACCUGUGAGUCUGCAGGGGGAAUGGCAACAUUCUGGGUGAAUGGAGAACGAAGUAUACGGAAAGUUGUUAAAAGGGGGGGAAUUGUGCAUGUUGGAGGUGUAAUUAUCCUGGGUCAGGAUCAGGACAGUGUUGGUGGAGGGUUUGACUGGAGUCAGAGUUUUGUUGGGGAGAUAACAGAUGUUAAUAUGUGGGACCAUGUUUUAACUGCCAGUGAGAUCAAGGCUGUAAGUCAGGGUUGUCAUUGUCCUGGGGGGAACAUUAUCGACUGGGCAACAAUACGGUAUACUGCAAGUGGAAAAGUGAAUAUUCAAGACAAUGAUGAGUGCGCAACUUCAAUUUCUUAG